UAAAAGACUGAGUACUGCAGGGGCUAGCAGACAUUUGAAAAAUCACAGAAGCUAAAUCCAUUGCAGAAAAGUAAAAAUGGGACAUCUUACCUUUCAUAUUGUGUGUCUUUUGAUCCUAGCUUCUGCAUUUCAUGUCAUUUAUGGGAAUUUUAUGGACAAACUUGCUCAAAAGAAACUUUGUGUUGAUGACGAAUGCUCCUUACCCAUCUCCCUUGUCAAGGCAGAGGAAGAUUACACUGCACCUGACUGCAGAUUCAUUAACUUUAAGAAAGGGCAAACUAUUUAUGUUUACUCCAAACUGGUGAAGGAGAAGGGGGCAGGAGAAUUUUGGUCUGGAAGUGCAUACAAUGAACAGCAGGCUGAUGAAGUGCUCCUGUAUGGAUAUUUCCCAAGCAAUAUAGUUAACGAACAACAUGUCUUCCAGAAAGCUGAGAAAGAACUCCUUACUACUGUAAGAGUUACCUAUCUUUUUAGUUUUAUAGGAUAUGAUGAAGCACAUUCUGUAAAAGCGCUAAUCCUUCUUGUAUAUUAA